AAUUACAGGCAAACCGGUAACCAAUAAAACUGAACAGAUUACCGCCGUAGUUGAUCAUACAGAUGAUCUACAACGAGAACUUGCCGAAUUGCUGUCAAAAAAGUAGAAAGACCAUAGAAAACUUUUGUACCUCUCUUAUUGUAACCAGAAUAACCAGAAGAUGCCGGAUUUUGUUGAGCAAACCGGAGCAGCGAAUCCUGCCAUGGCAACCGAAGGAAAAGUAUCCUCAAAGGAAGAAACUCGGCAGCUUGAUCGACUCACAUCUGAGGUUGGCAAUCAAUCACCUCGAGAUAUUCACGGAUGGAAGGUCCAAUUUUUCAACUCCUCAGUUUAUCGUCAUCAAAUUUGUCUGAUUCAAAUGUAGUGGUUUCUGGUUAUAUCUGCCAUUCUCUCGACAACAUUACUAUACAGUCUUGAUAAUACCAUUGUCGCCGACUUGCAACCCAGCAUUGUCGAAAGCUACGGCUCCACUGAGAUAUCGAAGCUUUCGUGGCUAGGUGUAUCGUAUGCUUUAGGAAACGUAGCCACGAUCCUUCCUUGGUAUGUUUGCAUGUCUAUUCAUCUCAUCUGCAAGACUAACUGUAAUUUCUUACUAGGUGCAAAGCUUAUGGAACAUUCAAUAUUAAAUGGCUUUAUAUUUCGCACGUCCUGACUUUUUGUGUGGGAAGUGCCAUCUGUGGUGCUGCUCCGACUCUGAAUGUGUUGAUUGUGGGUAGGGCUAUAUGGUGAGUACGGGCAGUUAACUCAUAUGCUAGCUUCAUCGUUGACUUUGUGUAGUGGCAUUGGUGUAUGAAUCCUUUAAACAGUAUAUUUUUUGUGGAAGCUAAAUGGUAUAGGGUUGUGCUUUAUACGCAGGGUGCUUGACAUAUAUAUCGGUGACGACAACGAUUCAAGAGAGGCCAAUGUACAUGGGACUGGUAGGACUUAUAUGGUGAGAUUCUGCCCUGGAUUUCUUCGCUAGUCAAUCUACUGACCAUUACUAGGGGAGCAGGUACUGUGCUUGGGCCUGUAGUAUGUUCAUAAUCUACAAUUUUGAUUCCAAAACAGUCAUUUCGGGUAGCUAAUUCGUCGAUAGGUCGGAGGCGCUUUUGCAGAGAGCACUGCAACCUGGAGAUGGGUAAAUAACAGAGUUCAUUCAUUCAUCAGCUACCCCCAAAUUUUAUCUAUACCAUGUCAAGGAAUCCAUUCAAUAACUCAAAUUUCACAGGCUUUCUAUCUCAACAUCGUCGUUGGUGGUACAUUCUCUCCGGUAUUUGUCUGGAUGUUACCUAGCAUCACCCUCAGCACCAACCAAUCACUAAAGAAUCGACUACUACGGCAAACAGACUGGCUUGGCAUAAUACUUCUAGCCGGAACUUCCAGUUGUCUGACGAUGGCCAUCACUUUUGGCGGAACUCAGUACGCAUGGAACUCUGGAAGCGAGAUAACUUUAUGGAUUGUAGGGGCCGUAAUUCUCAUUGCGUUCUGCGCAUCACAAGUCUACCAUCCAUUUGUUGCCGAGAAAUCAAAGCUUUACCCUACUUGGCUCAUCAGGAGACCGGUGCAUUCUAUCCUUCAAAUACUCAGCUUUUGCGGAUUCGUUUGCCUUUUUGUGAGUCAUAGGCCUGCUUCAAGCGUUCUUUGUUUUUGCAAAAGUUGAUGGUCACAGGUACCCACGUACUACAUCCCAUUAUACUUUCAAUUUACAAGGGUAAGUGGCGCCGGAAAUCAUGUAGUGGUAGAUAGUUAACUCUCGAUAGGGUGACUCGCCACUAGAAGCUGGGGUUAGACUACUACCCUUCAUUAUCCUUGGUGUGACGGCUACUUUUCUGAACGGUGCUCUUUUACCUGUGUUGGGGUACUACAUGCCUUGGUAUUUUUUGUACGUACACGAAAUACUCCCAUACAAUGAUGCACUCCGUAUGCUAAUUCAGACACAACGCUGAUAUCUUUAUUUAUUCAGUGGUGGAACUUUGGUUAUUAUCGGAUCUGCCUUGAUGUGUCAGUUCGACAAAUAACAUGAUAUUUCCGUGCGGUGGACUAGCUGUGGCUGACAAUUUUGGUUCUAGACACGACAUCCUUUACCACAUCUGUCGCGGCAAUUUAUGGAUAUACAAUUCUCAUUGGAGUUGGAGUUGGAGCAUUCGCUCAGCAGUCUUUCGCCGUAUCACAAGCUCUUGUAUCAGCAGAGGAAAUUCCAGAUGUUGUAGGAUUCCAAAGUUUCGGUAAGUGAGCGAGAGGUUCUGCUCCGCCUAAAGAUUUCCAUAGCAUCACCUGAAUCUUUAUAGGACAGUCCACCGCCAUCGUAUUUGCACUCGCAAUCGACGGGACGAUCUUCCAAAAUGAAGCGAUCAAAAAACUCUCUAAGCUUUUACCUAACUUGAAUCGGGCCACCAUUCAAGGUAUGGUUGCUGGUACUGAUAGUGCUUACUACGACUCCUUAGACGCAGUAAAUAGAGAGAAAGUAGCUGCUGUGAUUGUCGAUGCUAUUAGUCAAGCAUAUAUUAUUGUUAUUGCUGCAGGGGCUUUGACUUUAAUUCUCUCUGUUUUUCUUCCUGUAAGUUGUGGUUGAUGGACACAUGGUGCACUUUUGCUACAAAGAACCUAAUUGAACAAUAGAGAACAAAACUUUUUGUGAAGGGUAGUUAGAGAACAGGAGAGGAUAGGAUGUCGCUUGGAUGCGUAAUGGUGCGUACGAAGAAGAAACAAAACCGCAUUUAGAAGAUUAUUGAUGGAGAGAAGAACUUUCUAUCUUGGCUGUGAAAGGGUUAAAGGAGCUUAGUGAUGUCAAUGAUGUCAGUGAGGAUAUCGGUUUUAUACUGUAAAAGUGGUAGGUCGAGAUACGUGUGUCCCGAUAGCAUGCUGUAAGAAGGAAUUGGAAAAGAAAGCUGAUUAGAUCACAUCGUAAUACAUCACUUAUGAAGAAAACGGGGUUCACAAUGGUUUUGAGGUUGAAAUUAUAUAGGUUCAAAUAUAUAUAUAUAUAUAGAGGGUUGAUUAUAUAGAAAGGAAAGACAGAAGCUCUUUUUUAUAUCUAAUUAUAG